GAUUCGACGUCAGAAGUUGAAAAGAAGUAAGUACUACUUAAACAGAGCAAUAGCUCAUUUGAGCGGUAGUCGUGUAGACUUACAGAUUCUUCAUAACGAACAGACUAGGAAACGUUUACCUAUGUAGGACGAUAGAAAGAGUAGCAGCCAAACAAACUUUCACGUUCACGACCGAUCUCGCUCCGUCCACGCAGCCAUGGAGGUAGAGGAUCCGGAUCCGAUUCAUUGUGUAAUCGUGGAUCCUAUCCACAGGAAAUUUAUUCCCGAAGUAGAACACGACGAUUUACAAACGCGGUCUCUGCAUGAUAAAAAUUUUCCCCAGCCCUAUUCUGCAUGACAAAUGGUAUGCUCCAACUUGGCGAAAUUUGUGAUGCAUUUGGUACGUCGUGUACGGAAUAAGAUUUGUAUUGCAUAGAUUUUCUGCACGAUGUGCGCACCUGCACAAGCCGCGCCAUCCAGCGGGACAGUGCGUGGUGUCGGCGGCAACUGCAGGAAACUAAGCACCAGCUGGCCAGUGUGGUGCACACAGCCAGCAACAGCAGCGACGAUAAGAUUUUGUCCUGUCUGCGGCCCCGGAUCCUCGAGCGGCUGCAUCGCGAACAGCUGGAUAAGGAUGUACAGUACUUCUUUGUUUCGUUUUUACAAUGAUUGAUUCUGCUGAUUCCGAUUCGUGUCUGAAGGUAGAAACAGUGAAAAUUUUUUUACUUGUCACUGUAGAAGCAGAAGCAGGAGGACGCAGCCCGGCGUGUGCCGCCGAAAAAGAAAAAGCAAACAAAUCAUUCCUCCCACAGGUCACCGAAGUGCUGGAGCGGCACGUGACGCGUGUGCAGGAGAAUCUGUUAGGCAAGCCGGCGGAGCGCAAGCUGGGCGAAUUCGGCACGCACAGCCAGGCAGCAGCGGACCAACAGUUGUGCGCGACGCAGGCCUAUGGAUUGCAAAAAUGUCUGGGUUUGGAAGAUUCUGAGACUUGUCAUGCACGUUUUGCAUGAGCCAGGAGGUCUGGAAUGCGAGACCUAGCAUGACAGACCCUUUGAGGUCUCUCUCAUGCCUUUCCUGCAUGAGAAACUCCCUCCCAAUUUGGUCAAAAGCGGACAGCUUUUGGCACACACGCAACACAGAUUUUUGCAUCAUCCGGAUUUGGCAUGACCAGUUCUAAUCUUCCAGACCCAGACAUUUUUGCAUUUGAUAAGGCCACGAUGGCCAGCACGGUCUUGGAGUCUACCACUUCGAGUGCGUUUUUCGGCACCAGCUCGGGCACUACUCGACCGGGAAGUCAUCUGCAGGUUCUUUUCCAGCAGCAGAAAGACGGCGCGAAUCACCAACUUGGUGCAGUAGGAGCAGCACACCAACAUAGUGGUACCAGCGCUACUGGCAGCACAGCCGGCAACAUGAUUUCUGGGGCAGGUUUCCCUUCCGGGUCUUCAACAGCAGCAGGAAAAAAUCCGUCUCUUAAUACAUCCGGCGCCGGCGGCUCUUCCUCCUCCACAGCCGUGCGUGCGGCGUCCAUGGAAACGUUGCGGUCACACGUGGUAUCGAAACCGCCCCUGCAGCCACGGUCGGCAUCCUCUACCGCUGUGAAGAGCGGGAAUGCAGGAGGGAUGAGGAUGAACAAUACAGGAACUGCUGUGAAGCCCGGAUGCACGGCCGGCUCCGCGUCUACCUCGUCGUCGCAGUCCAGAUUGAUUUCCGCACGGUUCGCGAUGCAGCAGGAUUUUGGCAUUGCGGAGGUACUACAUCAUACGAGACAGCCACAGUCACAGCCGCAGCCGCAGACUACAGUGUUGCAAAAAGGUACUUCUUGGCCGCAAGAAGUCGUGGCAGCGUCACAGCAGGCGUCUUCUACUGGUGCAUCGAGUUGUAAUAACCGCGUCUUCGAAGUAGAUCGGAAUGGCGAUAGUACCAUGCGAAUCAUCGACGGUACUACCGGUGGUGCCGUGAUUCGACCAGCAGGUCAACAAUCCGACAGGACGGUCGAAGCAGGAGGUAGGGAACCGCGGCAAACCUCGCAGUGCGAUGCAAAAGCGAAAAGACAGGACCAGGGCUGGCUGGGUGAGCAAGAUUGUGCUGUUCCUGGAAAUUGUCAUUCUGCCAAUGAAAUGGUAGUGGAAGCUAAGCUGCCGGAGCCAUCUUCCUCUUCCACGAAAGGAAAAAUACACGACCAGUCGGACCGGGAGCAGAGAAAAAACGAAUCAAGGCCAACGACGCAUCAUGCCUCCCCGUUGGGCCGGACACUCCAUGUCGACCGUACCCCCCGACCCCGGACCCCCUGCGCCGCGAUUUCGGAGCGUGUGAAGGCGUUCCAAGCCCGCAUCGACGAGAUUCAGAACAGCGCCAUUCGCUUCCCGAAGAACAGCAGUCCGAAAUUUCAGCAGAUGACCGGGUCGGCGGAGCGGGAUACUAGAGCUAGAGGGGGCCAGAUGUUGAAGAAACAGGAGCAGUCGGGGAAGGUUCUAGAAGAAAUCAGACUCGCAGACGCCAGCAUGGAUGUCGAAAUGCUAGACGAGGAAGGGGGAGGAGCUGCAGAGACGUAUAGAUAUUAUCCGAAGUCGUUUUGGAGGUUUAGGGUGCUACUAUUUUGACUUCAAGUUCAACAGCAAGUUUUCGGUACAUUAUCUCGCUCGAAUUCUACGCGCCGUGAAUGUCUGGAGCCGCUUGUUGAAUUAUCAAUGAAAAACACAUCAGUAGUUGGUCAUCCUCGAAAGCAGCGUUUGCCAAUACUUCCGAGCCGCCAGUUCCCGAUGGAAGUGCUGGUCCCAGUGAGUCAAGUUCCGCAUCGGGUAGAAUGAAGUUGAAUGCGCCCCCUGAGCAAAAAGCUCUGCACGCCGACGCACAGGAUCAACCGUCUACCGACCAGCAACGCAUCGUCCCUUCAGAACAUGAUCCCGUUGGUGCGCCGCCACUGGCCGUUUCGGUACCCGCUCCAUCUGGUACGGAACAAGACGGGGCUUCUGGCAUGGAAGUGGAGCAGCACGUGGACCAGAACCUCGAGACAGUCUCGGCGAGUGUCGCAGAAAAAAAUCUAUCCAAUUUUCCAGAUUCGAGACCCGCGGAAGCUGCGGGCGACCAGACACUGUCGGUGGAUCUGAAUAAGCUGACGGACGACACGACGCUGCUCACCUCUAGUAUGGGAGUGUCAGGAUCGAAAUCGUCCAAAUCGAAAAAGUUUGUCAUGCAUAAAACAAUGUAGGGCACGUAAGGCCUGUAUUGGGGAGGAGGCAAAUGAGACCGAUUGCAAGCCUGUUUGGCAGUAACCAUGUACUGCCAGGGUAGCAUGACAGGAGCAGUCUCCUUUGCCCAAGGAGCAUGACUGACUGGAUUUUGGUGCUCCCGCAAUUUGUCAUGUGCCACCUGGAAACUGAGAUUCCAACUGGUAUCGAUUUUAUGCAUCGCAAAUUAUUUCGAUUUUGUUGAUUGCGAUCCUGGCGCUUCCAUAUCCAGCAUCGAGCUCACCAACGUGGAUCCGGCGUCCUUCGCCUGCCAGAAACUGGACCACCGUGAGAUGCAGAGACGGCGUUGCAUCAUUCGAGGCAGCAAACGGGACGAGGACACUAUCCUGCGGAAGAUUCUUCAAUUUGCAGCUCUAUGUGAGGCACAAAUAACGCGAUACAGUUAAAAACUCGUCUUCAAUAUCUGCGAUGCUUCACUUCUUUGUGCGUUCGUUUAUUCACGAUUCUUGAUUCUCGGCGGCUACAUGAUCCAUUUGCUGCUUGAACGUGAUAGGAACGAAUUGGAGUUCGUGGUCUUCCAAGUGAGGAACAACAAGCAGAAAAAUUUGAUGCUGCCUCAGAAGUACGAAAGCGAAUGAAUUUUUCAGCAUGAUACAGGACUACGAAGUGUCAGAGCGGGCCUCCUCCGAUGGCGAAGAGGAUUCCGACGAGUCUCCGGACCGCAGCCACAAACGCAUUCCAAAAUGGUAAGUACCAAUUGUUUCACUCAUGGAACUGAAAAUACAUAGAAGCAGUACGGAAAGCAGUACCUGUGCAGAAACUCAUGCUCUUGUGAUGCAUGUGAGUGCAGCAAGCAGAUGUGACAGAGAUUCCUUUCUGCAAAAAAACUCCGUUCCUUCGAAGAGGACAUGAUUUUCCAGGCUAGAGCCGAUGUGUUUUUUGCUGCAUGCAUGAAAUUUCGUAUCAUCAUCGAGCUGAUGUUGUAACAUUGGUUCUUCUUUCGCAGAAUCUGCGAUGGAUGUAAGCACGACUUAAGUCGCAGACUGCUGUUGAGCAUUUUUAGUUUUUCCUGAAGCUGAAGCUUUAUUUGUCGAACAUUUUAAUCGCACCGCGAAACAUGAUCAUAUGUAUGAGAUGAGCACAUCAGUCACUGACGCUAAGGCCGCCGGCUGACAAAAAAAUCAUAUAACAUGCCCCGUCCUCGUGCGGAGAAAAGCUGAAAGUUCGCUGAACCCAUCCAAGAGCCAUUUGAUCUUGACACAGUGGCCACAGCCGCAACUUGUACGUAGAUUUUCCUCGAUAACGUUAGUACAUCAACGCCAUCAACGCCGGUUGUUGUCAAAAAAUCGAGCCGUGCGUCUAUUUUUACGGACGGACUCCUGUCUGUUGACCUUUGGUGUCCGAAGACAAUUAUAAUUAAGUGUGUUAAUGCCUGCCUUGCUUUACAACUGUUGUCCGUGCUUAGGUGCGACGAUUGGCUACCACGGGUGCUGGAGCAGAGCCGGUACGACCCCGAUACCAUUUUCGGAACCGAUGUCGUCAACCCGGACCUGGCGACCAUCUUCGGGGCGGACAACGUGCCAGUAAAGCGGCGGCGGCGGGGCAGCAGCUUGAAUUGGGACGCCGACCGGCUGACGCCGGGUGAGGUCUCGCGCUACAAACACACGAUGGGACACUAUGAAGGAAAAGAAAAGAGUGUUCUGCUAUUUCUUGAAAUUGUGUGACAAAGAGAAAGACCUAAGAAGAACUGCUGUGCGCGAUGGGUUAUGUCUUGCAUCAACGGUACUAGGUAGUUGGAAUUUUAUUCAAUUUAGCUCUUGAUGGAUAGAACGUAGGUAAUAAAACAGACAGAGCGCUGCCUUGCUUUCUACGAUCCACUUACUCAGUUAGCGUCGAGAACCAUUCAACAUUACUCAGGCAAGUGGUGAUAUAGCACGCUGAGAAAACAAGCAAGUUGAAAGUGGAUGUGCUACCACUGAAUCAGAAAAAGAAGAAAAACGAAACUCACAACAAGCGCCAUGGCAAACACAUUCUGCCAAUGAACAUUUUGAGCCCGCAUAGCUCGGAGCAUGUUUUGCUAUCUACACGAUUUCAUGAAUGAGUGCAUCAGCCGCGUCACUUCAAGAAAAACACGACUCGCUUGCAUAACACGACCGAAGACAUAUGGGACGCCAAACAGCUGGAACCGCUGCUGCGUAUGCAUCACGCAACUUUGUUUUCUCAGUCUCAGUCCAUCAUCGCAUCACGUGCACUUUUGAUUGCGUACUUCCCCUUCAUCUUACAGACGUUCAAUUUGCAUCUUCUGUGAAGUUACAAACGCCAUGAUGCUGCUUUUGAGUUACUGACUCAGAAUGCCGGAUGAAUUCCGAGUUUAAAACGCAGUCUAGGCUGGCCCUCCUUGAU